GGAGACCAAGAUUCUCCUCCCACCCGUCUCUUCCUGGAAGCCAAGCUCCCUUUUAAUCUGUAUAAGUUCCACACCCCUGGGAUAGAGUGAUUGCAGAAACUGCCUUUUCUCUCUCCGAGACCAAGCUAGAGACCCAGGCUCCUCCAGGGCAGUGAGACCACCAUGGCUCCGAAGUCUCUGGUCCUGUUGCCAUGGCUGGUUCUGGUGCUGCUGGCGCUGGGGUGGGUCCAGCCUUCCCUGGGCAGGGAAUCGCCGGCCAUGAAGUUCCAGCGGCAGCACAUGGACUCCGGCAGCUCCCCAGGCAACAACUCCAACUACUGCAACCAAAUGAUGAUGCGCCGAAAUAUGACCCAGGGACGGUGCAAGCCGGUGAACACCUUUGUGCACGAGUCCCUGGAAGAUGUCAAGGCCGUCUGCUUCCAGAAAAACAUCCCCUGCAAGAAUGGGCAGACCAACUGCUAUCAGAGCAACUCCACCAUGCACAUCACAGACUGCCGCCAGACGGGCGGCUCCAAGUACCCCAACUGUGCCUACAAGACCAGCCAGAAGGAGAAACACAUCAUCGUGGCCUGUGAGGGGAACCCGUACGUCCCAGUCCACUUUGACGGUUCUGUGUAGGUCUCUACCUGAAGCCAGAGAUGCCCCACCUCAUCGCCUCUCCCCCUCUUGCUUCCUUGCCCUGCAGGCAAGAGCUCAAGUUAGUUAGGGCUCUUAUCUACCCCCCUCCUACACACAUACAUACACACACACACACACACACACACACACACACACACACACAGCACAUGCUUCCCUGGCUUGAGGGCAAUAACUCAAGUUAAUUAGGGCUUUUAUCCAACACACACACACACACACACACACACACACACACACACACACACGCUCCCCUGGCUUGAGGCUGGCCCCUGCGUGGCUUGGGGGAUGAGGAGUGGGUUGUGAGAUGGGGCCUAUGUUGACCGCUUCACUGCUUCUUUCAAUAAAACACAGUUGCAACCACUUG